AAGUGGCACUGUUAGCUUGAACAGCAUCAGACAGGACCAUACCCUAGGAUUGAGGACGUUCAUCUGAAAGCACUGGAGGAAGUGUUUCAGUUUUGUCCACGGUUCCAGAUAUUGUGUAAUGGAGUACUGGGCUGGGAGUCAGGGGCAGCCACCCUUGUAUGCCAAAUUUGGAACUGUUCCUGGGCGCAACUACAUACACGUAUAUCAUGAUAAGCAUCAGGCAACAGGUUUCCAGUCAUAUCAGUCUGAGAGGCAAGAUCGAAGCAGAGAGCCCAACUGUUGGACUAUCCCAGGAUCCAGGACUGGAGGUGUUCUGCAGGACUACACAAACUGGACUGACUCAGACCUGUCUCCCUCUGCCUCACAUUUCCCUUUCACGCUAGACAAUCAACCUCGACAACUUCAGGGUAUGAAAGAAUAUCAGGCUCAUGAGAAAAGGGAGAGAGAAUGGGUCGCAGAAAAGGCUCACAGAGCUGCAAGGGACAGGGAAAGAGAAAGGGAGUGUGAGAGGAGAAUACAGAAGGAGGGCUGGCAGAGGAGGUGGGAGUCUUGUAGUCCUGUCCACUACAGGAGGGAAAUUGCGAAGAGGAGUCUGAGUGACAGCAGUUAUCGGGAGCUGGAGGCCUGGGCAGCUCGUUACAGCCACUCGCUCCCCAGGAGAAGGAGGAUGGAGGCGGAGUUGUGGGGGACUGCCCAGGGGUCUCCAGAAAGUGAAAGGGUACUGGAGAGGGGUAGUAGAUGUGCAACUGAACCAAGAGCAAAUGAAAUCCAUUUGCCAGGAUUAUCAGCCCAAACAAGGGAAUUGGGACAUUUGGAAAGAAGGGACGCGCAGCAAUCUGUCAACCAUCGUUUUUCACAGCCUCUUGUCCCAGAAACGACCUACAUUUCAGACACCAAGGAGAAUGAGAUAAAACAUCCCAGGAGGAUGUUUAGUACACCUCCUGGCUAUAUGCCACCUCCACCGUAUAAUACCCCACACAAUAUUUCACCAGUACUCCCACAUGCUGAAAGGUAUAACACUGAGGAAAUCAUGGCGUUUGUGAGUCCUAGUUGUGAGUCUGGGACCCAUAGUCCUGCAUACUGUUCACAGACCAUUCUGAAGAAGCAGGCCUCUGUUGAUUGUCCCAGUGAGAAGGGAGGACAGGAGGAGUUGACCGGACCUGCAUGGCUCAGUCAUCAAGGACCAGCUGCAGCUGAUCUACCAUGGUUAGACUCCCCUCCUCAGAAUAUAGUACCAAUUGAGUUAAAUCCACGCAACUCAUCCUUGAAGCAGGAGCUAACUCAACCGUGUCAGGAAACAUAUCUUAAUGAUGGUCCCACAGAGGGAAGGAGACUUAGCUUAAAGAAAAGGAGAAGAGGAGGUGAGACCAUAUUUUGUCUUGUAUCCAGAAUGGAAGGCAUGGAAAAAAACUCAAGUUCUCCGGAAGAACCACUGUCCUUGCCACUCUUGAAUCCUUCACCGUUGGUAGGCAUACCAAGCACAGAAUUAACAGAGGGCAGUAGAAGCCCGGGGGAAUUCACUGACAAAAAUGAAUUACAGAAACUUGCAGAUGAAGUGGAUUCUGGUACACCAUCACUUCAACUUGACUCAGAUGUUCCAGCUCACCCCUCUUCCCUGAAAAAAGAAAGCAAUCUCAAACUGAAGGGUUCUGACUGGAUGAACAGCCAGCAAGUUGCUGCUCACAGGGAGGAGCUGCUUAGGGUCAUUAAAAACAGAACAAAGUUUUCUGAAUGUGACAGGAAGAGCCAAAGCUUUUCCGAUCCAGCAGACAAAAAUAUUGGCCUCCAAGAAAACAAAUAUUUGCAUAGCUCUUCCUCUCCUAUGUCUGAAAGAAGGUCAGUUCAGCCACUGACUUCUGCUUCAGUCAAAUACCCCUUGUGGAGGGAACCUAACUAUGUGGGCAGAUUAGAAAGUGACAGUUCUUCUCCAUGUUGUUCAAAGGACAGCUGGAAAGGUAAUGAGUUAGGGAUGGAUCUGAGUAAUGAUCAGAGACAAAAAUCUGAUGUUGGAAAUCCUAUUGACAUUGAGGUUAAAAGACUAGAGAUUAAGAAGGACAAAGACUCUGAAAACAGUAGUGGAAUUUUAGUCAUUGAUACAACCCAUGUUAUUGUUAGAGUAGAAUUCAUCUUCCCUCCUAAAAAAGAGCAUGUACAGUACUUAUGCUCAUCACCACACAGUAGCCCACCACCUGGUUUAGAUUAUGUUCUCCCCGGUGAGGAAACAUCUGAACUAAGCACAAACAAGCGGUGUCCUGUGCCAGACAAUGAGAAGUCUGAGAGAGAGUCCGGAGAAGUGGAGGUACAAGAGUAUGUAUAUGAGGAUCCACAUAGUCCUUUUAAAGUACUUGUCAUAGAGACAGGCAUACAAAAGAAGUCUGGGGAGACAGGCCAUGUUUCUAAGUCCGUCUUGUCUUUACCUUUCACUACUGAAAAAAAUGCAUUGAACAAGGACACUGAGAAGACUUUAGGGUUUGCUCAGCAAGACUCCAAUAUUCAGAGCCAAAAUGAGGCAAUCUCUGUUCUACAGUCUUACACUGAUGAUCCGACAAAGGAGGACAAAGGAUCUCUAAAUGAUGAUUGCAAAGGUAAUGAUGUCCUUGAGUGCGUCUCUGAAGCUAUCGUAGAGGAGGGAGUGUCAAAGGCAGCAUCAGUAGAGUUUGAUCAAGCUGAGGAUGAUGUUUGUGUGACUGAUGUCAUUCAAGAUGACACAUCUGAUCUUGGUGACGAAAUGUCAACAGAGAAUAAAGAGGAUGACAUGGAGCAGAGAGAACAGAUAUAUGACACAGCAGUGGAGAAUUACAUCAACAUUAUACCUAAAGUACAAGUGAUGACUUUACAGGAGACAGUGGUCACAAGUGAGCCCUCAAUUGAACCCUCUCACAUAACAAGCCAUGAAGCACAAAGUCAACUUGACUUUGAGACUGUCCCUGUCCCUGGCAUCCGUCUUGAUUCCCCUCCUCAUUCACCUGAAGAUUCCCCCUGCCAAUCACUGCCCUUAUCCCCCACGUCCCCCUCUCAUUGCCCUCUGUAUAGCAUAGAUCCGAUCUCUUUUCCUAACCAGCCUUUAUUAUCUCUCUUAGAUUCAAGCUCUAACCUGGAAACUCUGUCUACUGAACUCUCAGAAACUACUCCCUCAACCCAUUUCCAAUCUCCCCUUCCCACUCCCUCAGAGCCUGUUUCCCCUUCUAGCUCCUCUUCUUCUCUUGAUAUCUGCUCAAACCUCCAGUGUCCUAAUAUGCUGUUCCGAUCCACUACUGACAGAGAGGAGGCCCAAUAUCCUAAGUCUUUGUGGGACGCAGUCAACCGGAUUCGCAAACACACAGCACCUGACUCUGAGAAUGAGGAGGAGGAGGUGGUGGAGCCAUGGGAUCCAGAGAGUAUGGGUGAGGACUGUGGUCAUCUGGAAACAGGGAUGCAUUUGAUGAAGGAAAAACUAGUUGUCCCUGAUGGUCCUAAAGAGUUGGUCGUUUUCAGCUCUGUUGGUAAAAUAACAACUUUUGAAAAACCUGGAAGCUCAGAGGUUCACAGGGGAGAUGGGUUGGAAGACUUUCUAAAGAUGAAACAGCAUGGAAAAUGUACGGAGGGUUUGUUUGGCCCAAUAAUUGAUGACACCCUUGAUGAAUCUCUUGAUGACACCCUUGAUGAAUCUCUCGAUGACACCCUUGAUGAAUCUCUCGAUGACACCCUUGAUGAAUAUCUCGAUGACACCCUUAAUGAAUCUCUCAAUGACACCCUUGAUGAAUCUCUCGAUGACACCCUUGAUGAAUCUCUCGAUGACACCCUUGAUGAAACUCCCGAUGACACCCUUGAUGAAUCUCUCGAUGACACCCUUAAUGAAUCUCUCGAUGACACCCUUGAUGAAUCUCUCGAUGACACCCUUGAUGAAUCUCCCGAUGACACCCUUGAUGAAUCUCUCGAUGACACCCUUGAUGAAUCUCCCGCUGACACCCUUGAUGAAUCUCUCGAUGACACUCUUGAUGAAUCUCUCGAUGACACCCUUGAUGAAUCUCCCGAUGACACCCUUGAUGAAUCUCCUGAUGACACCCUUGAUGAAACUCCAGAUGACACCCUUGAUGAAUCUCCCGAUGACACCCUUGAUGAAUCUCUCGAUGACACCCUUGAUAAAUCUCCCAAUGACACCCUUGAUGAAUCUCCCGAUGACACCCUUGAUGAAUCUCCCGAUGACACCCUUGAUGAAUCUCCUGAUGACACCCUUGAUGAAUCUCUUGAUGACACCCUCUCCAGUAGCAGCACAGACAGCCACGGCUCCGGAGACACCGUCAUUAUAGGAGAGGAGGAGGAUGCAGAGCCAAACGCAAACGUCUCGGACUCUGAGACAGAGAAGGAGACAGAAGAAGAGGCUGAGAUCAACAAAGAGGGGGACAUUAUUUGUCAGGAGCUUAGUUUUAUUGAGGUAGAUGGAGGAAGCAGCCUGAGCCUUGGGAUGUCAACAGGCGAGACUGAUGUGAAGGGGGACAUAGAGGACAGAAAUGAGACUAGUCAGAUGGAGAAACUUCAAUAUGAAGUAGGAGAAACAGAAGAGAGACAAGAAUCUGGUGAAGUAAAAUACCAUGCGGAGGAGGAGAGAAUACAUACAGACCAAACAAUAUCUGAGGGGGAUUUUGAUAGUGUUAGAGAUCUUGAUGGGGAGGAGGGGUUGAAUCUUGGAGGGACUGAAUGAUAGGUAACAGUGAGGCUGUGUAUCAAAGUGAAACAACAAGUUGUCAGUGCACUGAGUUUGUCUAUGAUUAAAUGUUUAUUUGAAAUAUAUGAUUAUAUUAUGUGCCUCACCAAAAAUUGUAUUGUAGUUAAAAUUGGAAAGAUACACAAGAAUACCAAUCCAAAACUUUAAAACAAUUGAAAUGAUGGGGAUGCUGGAAAUGUAUGUAAUGUAAAUACAUUGUCUCCAUUUUGUCACAUUUAUAUUGAAGGGUGUGCGAGCCUUCAACAAUAUACAAAUAUUUAAUGGUUUCUGUGCUUAAUAUUUGCGGUGUUGGAAAUAAUGUUUUAUUAAAUAUUACUUUAUGCAGUGAGAUUUUUGUAAUAUAAAUUACAUUUUAGGAGUUGAUUGUUUCUGUAGUUGUUCUUGUUAUUUUUCUUUAUUUCAAAUUAAACAAUAGAACGUAUUAACCUACAACUUUUGUGUUUCGGUAGGUGUGUAGACUAAAUUUGAACUAAACAAGAUUGAGAAUGUGCAGUUGAGCUUUUAAAACAUCGCCAUUUCCUGUCCUACAACCCAUUGGAAUUAAUAAGUAUGCAAUUGAUGGCAAAUUACUGAGUUAAUUUGCAGGGACAGAUUCCUAGAUUAUCUUUCCACAAAAGGAGUGUUGCAGGAAUGCUGGGAGAAUAGGAGGUCUCAGAUAACUUCAGGUCAGGUUGAGAAUGAUAUUGCAAAAUAAUUUGGGAGUGUUCAAUCUGUGGCCUUCAGUUUAUCUACUGGUGACUCCGGAUACUUUUGUAGCCUGAACAACGUAGACUGGUGUUUUUUUAGAGGUAAAAAUGAAUUAAAAAUAUCACAUUGAUUUGGCAAGUGCAUUCAACUAUUACUACAACUAUUAUGUCAUGAAAAAGUAUAUGUGAUU